AAAAGUUGAUUUGUCGAACAUCGUCAGUAGCGUUACUCGAGAUGAAACAUCAUCAAACGUAUUUCCUUGGAAAAACGGAUUUCCACUGGCAGCCCACUCACUGCAAUUAAACGCAAAACAAACAGAGGAUGAACAAAAUCCAAAUUUGAAAUUUUAUUUAUGAAAUUAUUUUUUUCUUUCUAGAUUUCUCUCAAAUGUUUGGGUAACGAUUGACGAUGACGUUGACAUCAUCAAGUAGUAGAAAGCUCUCUUUCGAGAUUUUAAGCAAAAGUAGCUCUUUAGAAGAAGGAUACCGAUCAAAUUCAGAUCCAAUCCAAUCCCAAAACGGCGUCACUCAACCGUCCCGCAAUAAUCGAAAGAAGAAGAAACACAAGAAGAAAAAGGAGGCUACGACUGAGUUCCCGAUCAUCCCGGAAGAUCCGGUCGAGAAACAGCGCCAGAGCAGCGUCUUGGUGGAGUCGAAUUCCGAGAAUUAUGGGAUCAUAGAUAACGGAAAUGUUAACAGGAUCAGUUACGUUGGUGGCGGAAGCGUCGUGUUGCUGGAGGAGAGCGUGUGCCAGAAUGUGUGUGGUUUUGGGGAAUUGAGGCAGAGGAGUGUCAAUGGAGUUGACGGAAGCGGGGGAGAUGAGAUGGAGACUGUGGCAGCGAGGGCGGACGAGAGUGGCGUGGAGUUGAGUAGUUCGAAGGAGCCGUUUCCGCCGGUACCGCCUCAGCCGGUGGCGAAUGGGAAUUUGGUGAAUAAGCUGGAGACGGCUGAGUCGUUGUAUUGGAAGCGGCUCAUGGCAGAGGAUCCUAAUUAUCUUUAUACAGUGGAGAAAUCACCAAUGAAAUACUUUUUGGAGGAAAUGUAUAAUGGAAAUUCAUUGCGGAGCACCACAACACUUGGUAGUGAGAAAGAACGAGAGAGAGUUUAUGACACCAUCUUCCGCUUGCCAUGGAGAUGUGAAGUGCUUAUAGCUGUUGGCUUCUUCGUCUGCUUCGAUUCAUUUCUGUCCUUGUUAACUAUCAUGCCUACAAGGGUUCUGAUUACGCUUUGGAGGCUCCUGACUACAAGGCAGUUCAAGAGGCCUUCUGCAGCAGAGCUGUGUGAUUUUGGCUGCUUCGCUGUUCUGGCUUGUGGAGUUAUUCUCCUGGAGCGAACAGAUAUCAGCCUUAUAUAUCACAUGAUUCGCGGUCAAGGAACGAUCAAACUCUAUGUGGUUUACAAUGUGUUGGAGAUAUUUGAUAAAUUAUGCCAAAGUUUUGGUGGAGAUGUAUUAGAAACCCUAUUUAAUUCUGCAGAAGGACUAGGAAAUUGCUCUCAGGAGAACAUGAGAUUCUGGAUUCGCAGAUUUGUUUCUGACCAAGUAUUGGCUAUGGCUUUUUCAAUUCUUCAUUCUUUUAUUUUAUUAGCUCAGGCAAUUACUUUAUCAACUUGCAUUGUCGCUCAUAAUAAUGCACUAUUUGCUUUGUUGGUAUCCAAUAACUUUGCUGAGAUAAAAAGCAAUGUCUUUAAACGCUUUAGCAAGGAUAACAUCCACAGUCUGGUAUACUCAGAUUCGGUAGAGAGAUUCCACAUUUCAGCGUUUCUCUUAUUCGUUUUAGCUCAAAAUAUUUUGGAAGCUGAGGGUCCUUGGUUCGAAAGUUUUCUUUUUAACGCACUUGUGGUUUUCGUUUGUGAAAUGUUAAUUGAUAUCAUAAAACAUUCAUUCCUAGCCAAAUUCAAUGGUAUAAAGCCCCUUGCAUACUCUGAAUUUCUUGAAGAUUUGUGCAAGCAGACUUUGAAUAUACAAACUGAAGAUAGCAAGAAAAAUCUCACUUUUGUUCCUCUUGCACCAGCUUGUGUGGUCAUACGAGUGCUGACUCCAGUAUAUGCUGCUCACCUCCCAUACCGCCCCCUGCCAUGGAGAUUCUUUUGGAUCCUUCUCUUGAUGAGCAUGACUUAUGUCAUGCUCACAAGCCUAAAAGUGAUGAUUGGAAUGGGCCUACAAAAACAUGCAACUUGGUAUGUCAACAGGUGUCGUAAAAGAAAACACCAUCUUCACUUCGAUUGAUUUGAAAGAGUAAAGGUGGAUAUCAUUAGAAAGUUCAGUUGCAUGCGUUUGGUGGUUCUUGGUAUCCAUUUCACCUGGUGGGAAAAGUAUCAAUCAAACGAGAAAUAUAAAAAACCGCUCAAGAUUUCUUUGUGAGACAGGUAGCAGGAUCCAACAUAUGAUAUGGUGAUUGUCUCCCGAAGAGUACUACUUUUACAUGUAAAUGGGUCUUCCCUCCUUCC